AUGAAGUCCACUCUUGAAGUGAUGACCUCGAUACUUCAAGAAGUCAACCAACUCUCCAACCUCCAGCAGAGACCCUAUGAAGACGAGUGCUCGAGCAACGAAUCAGACACCAAGGAUGCCAAACCAGAGGAGUGCAGCCAUGCCCAGGUCGUUAAGAUGAUCAGAUCAAUCCAAUCACUAGUCCCAUUGGAUCAAAACACAAGUGAUCGUCUCAACUCAUCAACCGAUGAGUCCCCCAAACAACUCUCAGACUAUGACCUUCUCCAUGCCAUUCAAGAGUGCUCAGAGAUGACCAAGUCGUUGAACUACUCCCAAACCAAGCUGCUCCAGAUCAAGAUUGAUGACACGGUUACCAACAAGAUCAUGAGCAACAUUGAGAAAUGUUUCACUCUCAUUGACUCUCAUGAGUUCCACAAUCACUACUUCUCCCUGACUGCCAACUCGUGCAAGCUGUACCACUCUACUCUGACCAAUCCAUUGAACAUCAAGGAGUUCAAGCCAAGAUCAUACAUUGAGUAUGCAACAGUGUAUGCCUCCAACAAUGUAUAUGUGUUUGGUGGCACUGAGAGUCCCAACACGUACUCGAGGCUCUACCUUCCAGAGCUGCGUUGGUACAAUGAUCUACCAAUCACCAGUAUCGAUGGUGGCCAAUCUAUCUCUACGUGCUACGAUGGAGAUCGUCACAUCUACUUGGUUGGUGGCAUCAUCAAUGGAUACCGUAGUAACCGAGUAGAUCGCUUCAACAUUGUGACUCAACAGUUCAGUCACGUCGGAUCACUUCCAACACCUCUCAACUCUGCCGGAGUCUUCUUCCACAGUGGCAAGCUCUAUGUCAUUGGUGGCUAUCACACCAAUGAUACCCAGCUUGGUACCAUUCUCUCAUUCGAUGUCACAACUCCUCACUGUGAUAUCCACACGUAUGGACUUAAUGUUGGUCAAUCAAUAUCCCAUUUCUUUGAUGGCAAGGACAUUUACUUAUUGUCCACCAAUGGAUUCUUCCGUGUGAAUCUGGCUUCAAAGGAGGUGAAGGGUCUCACCCAACCAAAGUCAACGGACUACCACAAGUUGUUCUUUGAUGGAAAGAUCCGAUUGUUGGUUGGAAUUGGCAACAACAUGGAGUACUCAAAGGAAUCUGAUAAUUGGAAACAAUUGAAUGACAAUUACAGAUCAGAACCACUUGGUCUUCAUGCUGGAAUGUGUCUUAUCAACUCAUAA